AGACCCCGCGGCGGUUAGCGCUUGAUUGACGUCGAAGAAGAAAAAAGAACACAAGAUCGGAUUACAAGAUGGCGGCCUGUGGACGUUAGCAAGAAAGGCCCGUGGAAGAGUUGUUGUGUUCUCUGUGAAAUCUACAGUUUGACAAUAGGCCCUCCCCGUCGAGUCGGUUCACGUCGUGAACGUAAUGUGUUUAUGAAAGCGGCUACCGGUACGCUUCACCGCCGCGGUGAACCUUCACUCGGACGCGCAUGUUUUAUAACAUGCGGGUGGAAACAAAGUUAACAGGUCGAGGCUCGGAAACCACCAGACGGGGUGAGGCGAUAGCUUGUUAGCUCCGACUCGGUUAACCAUGUCGGACACUCGGCGGCGGGUGAAGGUGUACACGCUGAACGAAGACCGGCAGUGGGACGAUCGGGGCACCGGACACGUCUCGUCCACGUUUGUUGAGCGUCUGAAGGGGAUCUCGUUGUUGGUUCGGGCCGAAUCGGACGGAUCUCUGCUAUUGGAGUCGAAGAUAAGCCCGAAUACUGCAUAUCAGAAACAACAGGACACACUGAUUGUCUGGUCGGAAGCAGAUAAUUAUGACCUUGCCUUAAGUUUCCAGGAAAAGGCGGGCUGCGAUGAGAUAUGGGAGAAGAUUUGCCAGGUUCAAGGCAAGGACCCUGCCCUGGACAUCACCCAGGACCCUAUUGAUGAGUCUGAAGAGGAGCGCUUCGAGGAGAUUCCAGAGACGAGCCACCUGGUGGAGCUCCCGCCUUGUGAGCUAAGCCGACUGGAGGAGAUCGCUGACCUGGUUACCUCUGUCCUAUCUUCACCCAUCCGGAGGGAAAAACUGGCCCUGGCCCUGAUGAGUGAGGGCUACAUCAAGAAACUCCUGGGUCUCUUUAGAGUAUGUGAGGACCUGGACAACAGGGAAGGUCUACAUCACCUCUAUGAGAUUGUCCGUGGUGUCUUGUUCCUCAAUAAAGCGGCCCUCUUUGAGGUGAUGUUCUCUGAUGACUGUAUCAUGGAUGUGGUGGGCUGCCUCGAGUAUGACCCGGCACUGGUUCAGCCUAAAAGGCACCGGGAAUUCUUGACCAAGACAGCUAAGUUUAAGGAGGUGAUCCCCAUCACGGACUCUGAGCUGCGGCAGAAGAUCCACCAAACCUACCGGGUGCAGUACAUCCAGGACAUCAUCCUGCCCACGCCAUCGGUUUUUGAGGAGAACUUCCUGUCCACACUCACCUCCUUCAUCUUCUUCAACAAGGUGGAGAUUGUCAGUAUGCUGCAGGAGGACGAGAAGUUCCUAACGGAGGUCUUCGCACAGCUCACAGAUGAAGCCACAGAAGACAGUAAAAGGAGAGAGCUUGUGAACUUUGUCAAGGAAUUCUGUGCUUUUUCACAAACGUUGCAGCCACAAAACAGGGACGCUUUCUUCAAAACUCUGGCAAAUCUAGGCAUUUUACCCGCUCUUGAAAUAGUCAUGGGAAUGGAUGACCUGCAGGUGAGGGCAGCAGCUACAGACAUCUUCUCUUACCUGGUGGAAUUCAGCCCCUCCAUGGUCAGAGAGUUUGUCAUGCAGGAACCACAGCAGACCGACGACGAUGUUCUCCUGAUAAACGUUGUCAUCAAGCAGAUGAUUUGUGACUCUGACCCAGAGUUAGGAGGGGCUGUCCAGCUGAUGGGUCUGCUCAGGACGCUCAUCGACCCUGAGAACAUGCUGGCGUCCACCAAUAAAACUGAGAAGACAGAAUUUCUGAGUUUCUUCUACAAGUACUGCAUGCAUGUCCUGACUGCUCCUCUGCUGGCCAACACGGCACAUGAGAAAAACUCAAAAGAUCUGCAGGAGGGAUCGGCUAAGAUCAACCCGGUCUGUCCAGAUAACUUCCAGACAGCUCAGCUGCUGGCACUGAUCCUGGAGCUCCUGACCUUCUGUGUGGAGCACCACACCUAUCACAUCAAGACCUACAUUAUGAACAAAGACCUGCUCAGGAGAGUGCUGGUGCUCAUGAACUCAAAACACACCUUCCUCGCUCUUUGUGCGCUGCGUUUCAUGCGCAGGAUCAUUGGUCUGAAGGACGAGUACUACAACCGCUACAUCAUCAAAGGGAACCUGUUUGAGCCCGUCAUCAAUGCCCUGCUGGACAACGGCACCCGAUACAACCUCCUCAACUCGGCCAUCAUAGAGCUCUUUGAGUUCAUCAAAGUGGAGGACAUUAAGUCUCUCAUAGCUCACAUUGUGGAUAACUUCUACAAAGCACUUGAAUCCAUUGAGUACGUCCAGACUUUCAAGGGCCUGAAGGGCCGGUACGAGCAGGAGAAAGACCGGCAGAGUCAAAGACUCAACAGAUAUCGCAGAGACGCACGAUCGUUGGACGAGGAUGAGGAGUUGUGGUUCAACGAUGACGACGACGACGACGACGGCGAGGCUGUGGAGAAGAGCCGAAUGGAGGAUGACUUCUCCGACAGCUACGGCAAAUACAUGGAAGCCAAAAAAGGAGCGGCCAACGGAGCGAAUGGUGCCAACAAUAAUGGGAAAGCUGCUGUAAUCCCACCUGCCUCGCCAGCCCUCACUCCAAACAACAGUUCGGCUUCCUCCGUCAAGACGGUUGCUCUUCCUGCCACACCAGUCGUGAAGACUGCUAUGGUUGGAUUGGUGGACUACCCUGACGAUGAGGACGAAGAGGAAGAAGAAGAGGAGGAGGAGGAAGAGCAAUCUCCAAGGAAGCGGCCCCGCCUGAGCUCUUAAGGCUAAUUGUCCUCUGUUUGGUCGUAGUGGACGGACACUUGAGUCCCUCCCAUCCUCCCUCCUCUGGUCGUCUCAUUGGUCCUUGGCCUGCCUGUGCCACCUGUCGGUCUCACUGAGGAGACGGGCAAAGACGAGCUUCCACCUCACCCCGUCCCUCCUGAUCUCUGCUGCUCUUUGCUCCCUCCGUGGAAGGAGAUGGAGAGCGUCUCUGUUGGAAAGAAAGACAAAUCAGUCUGUUCCUUCAGCCUGUUGAUUUUACCUCCUUUUUUUAUAACGGCCUCCUCUAGAAGAUCCCAAAAUCCCCUUUCAUCCCCCUGAGGGGAAACUCGUUGAAUCUUUGCAAACUCACUCCUCUCUUUCAUAACUCUCCUGCUCUCCCAGUUCUGGCCUCCUCCUCAACAACGUUUCUCCUCCUCACCCACCAUCCUACGUACCGACCAGAGAGGCUUCGGCGUACGUAACGUUGCCAAGGCGGUUCCCGACUCUGCUCUGUUGCUAUAGCAACAGUAGCGAGGAAGCUGCGGUACGACAGCAACCCCCCCUCACAGGAAACCCUCAUUUGAACUCGCCCUUCCAUCCUUCUUGAACCCGAAACCAAUGAGCUCCAGAGACAGAGGAAGCCAGAACACAACCAGCCAGUGUACGAACUGUUCAGCAGGCCAGUCAUGCUAGCAGGACUAGUCGCCAUAGUUGUAGAAAGCUUGACUGGCUGAAGCAGUGUGUGCCGCCCUGCCAACGGAGCUGUUCUCGUCGGGGAUAGAGGGAUCUAGGCAACAUGGAAGAGAGAAAUGAAAUGUUGAGAGUUGAGGGAGGUCACACAUGUACCAGGAUGAGAAAAACUCAGCAGUUAUGAGUCUUAGAUCCAGAGGAGCAGGACUCAAACAGCCAUUGUGUCAAUAUGGCCAAGACACAGACAGACAGACAGACACACACACACACACACACACACACACACACACUCUCUCACACACAGGACUGCGUAUGCCAGAAAUCCUGUAUUUCAUGACUUUGUUCAAAAGUACUGUACAGAUGUAUUUUUUUUUUUUUCUUUCGUUUUAAUCAUUUUCCCUGAUCUGAUUUUCAAAGAGGAGAGAGAUGCCUACCUACCUGUGUAUUUUUGUUGUUGUUGCACAAAAGGUGGGGGUCCCUGUUCACCCUUCAGUUCAUUUGAUUCAAUGUAAAAUGCAGAGAUGUUGCAAAUGCUGGUUUUAAAAAAAUAACGUAUUAAAACUGCAGUAAAGUCAUUUUUUUGCAGCCAACAUUUU